AUGUUGCCUUCAUCUGUGCGCACGGCUUUGGACCUUCAGAAGGCACUGAGCAUGGCGCCCUUCCGCCUCCAGCAAAUUGGAGAUUGCAAGACGAGGGAGCAUCUCUUCAAGAAGAAAUACACAUACGUUGAUAGCGAUGACAGCUACGACUCCAGCGACGAGGAUGAGAGGCCCAGUACCCCGCCCAAACGUGUAUCAGAUCCUAACAAGCCAUAUGUCAGAGAACUCUGCGAGAUCUACAAGGAGCAUGGUUCAGACAGUUGGAACGAUACAAUGGAUGCCCCUUUCCGGCUCACCGUUACUCGCCCUGGAUGCGAAUUCUCCGGAGACAUAAUCCCGAAGUCGGAGGAAGAGGAUGAGGAGGCCAUCGCGGAGCGUCUGAUGAAGUGGUAUGAACAUGGUGCGAUAUCGGGCUUUGGAGACGUUCGCACGCAGGAGACCAAGGUUGAUAAGGACAUCCGAGACGCGCGCGAAAUUCCCGCCUCUGAGUUCACAGUGUCGGACGGCCUCGUCCAGGAAAUCAAGAAGCAAUGGGGCGAGCACUUCAUUCCCAGUGCGGUGCGCGUCGAGCCAUACAAGAUUCACAUCUAUGGCCCAGGCGGGCUGUUCGAGUUUCACAGAGACACUCCCGAGAGGGAUCUUGUCGGGACAUUCUUGGUUGGCCUCGGUGACAACUGCGAAGGUGGUUUAUUGAUCAUUGGCCACGACGAUUAUUACGACCCAUACUCCUAUGGAGUUAAAGCGAAUCCUGGCUCCUGGGCCGCAUUCUAUCCCGACGUUGUGCACUGUGUAAACAAGAUCGAAAAGGGACAUCGGGCAGUGAUCGCAUUCAAGGUCUAUAGGACUGGUGACGCAGCGGCGGAGCGGAUUGGGUUCCAAGCGAGUCCAGAGGCUGCCCUCCCUCAGCAGAAGAUGGGGGACGUGCUAAGCAAAAUGCAGCUACCCUUCGGUGUGCUCCUCGCACACAAGUACUGCAUCGGGACCGUCGAGCUUAAUGGGUUGGACAACAUGCUGCACGCAGCCGCAGAGGUGAUAGCGAUGCGGAGGAAUGCAAAGGUCCACUUCUUGCCCAUACUCACAAAGCUCAAGGGCACCGCGUAUCUCACGGACGACCGCCGGAAUGAUUCCAUCAGCGCAACGGCGCCAGUGUACCCGCUCACCCAGGCGCAUGUCGACGCGCUGCUCGCGAGAAUCGCCGAGGACACAGAGACCUCGGGCGCGUUCGCAGAGUUCAGUGACGACCGGGCGUAUCUGAAAGCACACCAGGAUUCCGCAUACGACGCUAUAAUCCCGGAACCAGAGCAGGACGUCAUCGAGGUCCCAAAUGCGGAGGAGUGGUUGACCGGCUUGAGCGGUGUACCAUUCUAUUCCGUGGACUUCACGAGGAGUACGGUUGUGUGGAAGAAGGGAGGCGAGAGCGGAGCAGAAUACACAGGCAACGAAGCAAAGCCUUGGACAGAAGAUAGCAUCUAUCUUUCGUAUGCUAUGGUGGUGCUCUCAAAUGAUCCUGCUCCUAAGGAUCUUAACAGGAAAAGGGACGAGGAAUAG